AUGGAAAAUACUCCAAAACUGCAACGGAAGUCAUCGCUGUCGCUGAGUACGCGCAUAAACAACAAGCGGCACACCUCACCGCAGCCCAUUAAGCGGACAGCUGCUUCAAAUAGUGCCUUAAAUAGUCAUGAUUCCAACAACAUAAGAGGUGAAGUAACACGAUCUCCAUCAAUUAUUUCGAUUUCUUCAGAUGGUGGCAUUGAAUGUUGUACUCCGCCUCCAAAAAGGAUGGGAAUGUGUGUGGAUGACUGUGGUGAUUAUUCACCGAAACUAUUUGACAGCAGUUUUUCACCAUCGUGUCUCUUGUCACAGACACUGGCUAUCGACAGUCCAGAAGUUGGUUGGAAAUGGAGUCGCUAUUCUGCGGGCUCCAAAGAGGAGUUAUCCUCACGGACACCUGACUCGGCAUAUGCAGCAGAUAGCAGCUUUACUUCGGCUGGUUCCAGUAGCACAGAAAUUUCCAAUGCGCGCAACCGUGAGCGUUUAGCCUACGAUGCAAUGCGGGAACAACAAAUGCGAAAGGUUGAAAAGACACGGGCAGAUCAAAAAUUGAAGCAGCGGUGUGCAAAAUUGCAGGAACAACUUAAAAGCGCUGGAACGCAAAAAUCAACAUCUAGUCUUAGUAGCAGUGGUCUAGAGAAAAGUGAGACUGUGACAUCGUCUUCCUCGUCAACGGUAACGGCGGCGAUGUCUGUAGAUGUUGAAAUGAGCAGCACUCAGGCUACAUCAUCGACACUAAAAAUGGAAUCUCCAAUGGAUAUUAGCUUCGGGACUGGAGAAUCCAUUGAUGAUUUCUUCAAUGAUUCUGAUGAGGAUUGUUUCUUGUUGGCAGCAACACAAGAAAUCGAAUCAAAAAUGAAUGGCGAUAAUGUUAAAACAAAUAACAAUAAUACUGUUACACCCAAAGCGAGCACUAACCCAGUGGCGAAGAUGAAUGAGAAGCCUGCAUCUUCAGUAAAAAAUUAUGAAAAACCAUCGUCAACGAAGAACACUGAUAAGCCAUCAUCAUUCCCAUCAUCGAGGAUCUCCGAUAAGCCAUCAUCAUCCUCAUCUUCGAAGGCAACUGAUAAGCCAUCAUCAACGUCAUAUUCGAAGGCAACUGAUAAGCCAUCAUCUUCGAAGCCAACUGAUAAACCAUCAACAUCAUCAUCAUCUUCAACUAGUACUGCCACCACUUCUACCACCACCUCGGAUUUAGAUGAUACUUUCUUUACGUCUUGUGGUUCUGUUUCCAAAGAAAAACGUUCAUCCUUCUAUAUGAAAUUUCUUGAAGAUGAUUGUCCCGAUGAUUGGUUUGUAUCCUUGGACGAAAUCAUUGAAAAAGCAACACAAAGUAAAAAACCACGAACAUCAUUCCAACGUUAUAAAUCAUUGCCUAUGAAUAACAACACAGAAAUUGAAAAUCAAAGUACAAUACCAAAAGUUAUUGCCUAUAGUGAUCCAGUAUUAAAUGGUGAUACAGUAAAGAAAGAUGCGUUUGUAGAAACUCCAAGCAAAACAUCAACGUCGGCAUUAGCAUCAUCAUCGUCAACAGCGCGAUCAAAAAUAAAACGACACUCAAGCAGUCAUGCUCUUAGCCCAUCUAAUACAAAUUAUCGUAGACGACAACAUCAAUAG